AGUCACGCGAAGGGAAUAGUUCCUGCGAAACCCGCUGUGUUUUCCUACUUUCUGUUCUCUUUGAUUCGGAUCACAAAUCUUCAAAGGGACAGUGAAGUAUCAAGCGAAAAGAGAAGAGUCACUAUUCUGCUCAUACGCGCUAAGGAGCAUGAAAUUUAUUCACGUUAGGAUUUUUUAGAAUAUAACUCUUGAAGCCGGUAACCGACAAUUCAGUUUCAUUUUUUCAAAAGAUUUAAAAAUGAGUUUAUCAAGCGCGUCCAUUUCAACGGGAAACUCUUAUUCUAGAGCUUUAUCUCCUAUGGUCGCCGUAUCUAUUCUCUUUGGACCUGGAGAACGGCUCUAUUCAAAAGUUCACUCUUGGCUCGGAGGAUUUAUUUUCAUCUUUUUGCUCGGAGGAAUGACGUUUGUCUCCGUUCUCGGAGUCUUUGUGCGGUCAUCUAUCGAUACAUGGAUAGAGUUUUCGCUUUUCAUCGUUCCCCUAAUUGCACUGAUUGCUGGAUUUCGCGUGUAUACUUCCUCAGCCUUCAACAAGUUAUUGAGAAGGAAGCUGUCUAGGAAAUCAAUGGUAACCAGCUUUCCAGAGUUUGAUCAGGAAAUUCCGUGGCACGAGACACAAAGGGCAUCUUGGCUGAGGAAAGCUGCCUUGAAAAAUUGCAUCUAUCCUUUCGUCCUAGAGAUUUAUCAUUGGACUGCUUAUGCGAUUUUUCGCACGAAAUUUCAAGGGGACAAAUUCCCAGGUUCUUGGAAAGACAGCAACUUUAUGCUGUUCGAAAUUAACGAUAUGACUUGGCACGUGCUUUAUUGCUUCUUCUGGGCAAUGGCUAUGUACAUCACUGGAUUUCUAGCCUACUCCUUUAUUCUGAUCUGCCGACUGACAGUGCGAGAUGUGGUCAGUUUUAUGUGCAGGUUUGGAGACAGUCCAUUUCUGUUGUAUCGUCCCUCGGUAACUAACCAAACGCCUGUUUGGAGAAAGCUUGGCUUCUUAAGAAGAGCAAUAAAUGGCCUAAGUGGAUUCGUUUCAAUGGAUUUUUUCCAGACCAAGAAAGACAUUGUUUUAGUAUAUGAACAGGAAGUUCCAUUUUUGGAUGAAAUUCAAGUAAGCUCUGAUCCUGGCAUUCUUGAGGAAGGCAACUGGGAUGCAGUGACACCUCAGGAGUUUGACAGUUUUUCCACCGAGUCAGUUAACUUCUCGAAAUCAGUAGAGGGGAGGAUAAAUGUACCUAAACGACCACAAAUCACGGCAGCAGAUGCCAGUAAAUAUCUCGCCCACGUCCUAUACAGCAUCGAAGCCCUUGCUGGCCUUUUCCAGCCGUUCAUUGUCAUGCUUCUUUUCUUCUCUGUGGUCAGUCUUGUUAUUCAUGUCGGAGCCAUGGUUCAUCUCGUUCCGAAUUUUUCGUCUUCCCACUGGUGGACUUUGCUCAAAACGGGCAUUUGGUUUCUUCUUUCCUUGCGCCUCUUGUAUAGCUCAGCAGAGAUCACUAGAACUUUUUCAAACGUUUCACAACAUCUCACUUACGUAUGGUCCGUUGGUCAGUUACAUGGUGAUAAAGAAGAUUGGCAGAGGUUUUUCAAGCUGGUGAAGUCGUUCCAACUGGGUACCAAGACAUACGGGUUUCCACUUACACUGAAGCAAGCUGCAUCCAUUGCAACUUUUAUUAACUUUGCUCUGAUCAUGGUGCUGUCAAUCAUGAAACCUUCAGUACACCUACCAACCAAAGGCAACUAGCAUUCCACAUCAGAGAACUCAACAAGGGUUUCCUUAUUUGACGAGGGACUAAGGAGGGAGACUCCUUAAGAAUGUUGGCACAACUUUGCCUUGUUAUUUUCAAAACCUUUUCAUUACCUUGGAUUAAUUAUGCUCUGUUCUACCUGCCCCAUUUUCAGAUGUGGUUUAAUAAUGAGACUCUAUUUCAGGCAAGAACUAAUUAUGGAAAUGCUCUAGACUUAAAAAGAAUUCAAAAUUACCCCAGCUUCCUAAAAUUGCACAAGCACUCAAAAUCCAUACCCUAAUACAGACUUUUACCAGCUGGUGUUUAUACAGCUGUGCUUACCUUGGUGCAUUGUCUCUUAAUAGAGAUGAAAGAUGAAUUCCCAUUACCCUGCAUUCAGUUAAAGAGCACUGCUUAAGUGAAGAAAAAACUCUACUCUAGAACUGUAUUCUUCCACAAAAUAGCCUUACCUAUACUGCAUAAGGUUUUUAAAAAAUUAGUUUUUAUUCACAUUAGCAUAGGUAACCAUAUCAGGGUGCUGUAAGUAAGAAACUGAGAAGUUUAGGCAACCAUCAGAUUUCUUUUGA